CUAGUGCACAAAAUUUCAAUCAUUGUUCUUUUUGCAUUGCAGGAGCUGGGAGUGAGCACCAAUGCAAACUACAAGAUAACCUUCAUGUUGGAUAGUGCUGCCAUGAUAACUGUGCACACUCCAAGGCGGGGCUUAAUUGAUGUGAAACCUCUAGGAGUUAUAUGGGGCAAAUUUUCAGAGUUUUACAGCAAGAAAAAUACUAUUAUGUUUGAUGACAUUGGUCGAAAUUUUCUGAUGAACCCACAGAAUGGACUAAAGAUAAAACCCUUCAUGAAGGCACAUUUAAACAGAGAUAAAGAUAAAGAGCUUUUAAAACUUACUCAGUAUCUCAAGGAAAUAGCAAAAUUAGAUGACUUUUUGGAGUUGAACCACAAACACUGGGAAAGGUACCUCUCAAAGAAACAAGGACAAUAAUUUUAAUUUUGUGAUGCUGAAACCAAACAGAAGAUAGAGAUCCUUUGAUCUUGUAUAAGCUAGAAUAAAGUAGUGCUGGACACUGACUUAAUCCACCUGAGUGACUCUUAUACCUGGCCUUUUGGUUUGUUCUGGUCUCUCAUGAAGAUCAGUGCUGACAAAUAAAGGAAAAGAAACCUCGGAGAUAACCUUAUCUCUGAAGCUAUGUAGAACAAUCUCCUUGUUACUGCUAUUGUAGUAUUGCCAAAAGUUUGAAGAUUGUAUUGUUUUUCAGGGGGUGGGGGAUGGAAAAUAAUUAUUCAGUCUAUCAGUACUGUAAAUCUAUUUCCAAAUUCUGAUCUUGACCAUGGAGCCAGUUUUUUUUUUGUAUUCUCAGUUUGAGAAACAAGUACAUUUCAUGUUAUGGUAUUGAAGUUUAUGAAUUGUCUGAUUAUGUAAUGAUUUGUUAAGUGUUCCUUUUGUUCAGGAAAGCACUAUCAAGAGGGAAAUAUAUUGUCAUGCACAAAUCUGAAUGACAAGAUCCUUUAUAUAAAAUGUUUCAAAUAAGAGGAUUUAACCCUGAAGAAAACCAGGAUUAACUUCUUAAAAGAUGAACAUUUGUUGUUCUGUUCUAAACCAAUCUUCAGGAUACAAGUGCUGUCAGUGAAAACAUUUAGCAACAGUUGUUCUAAAGCAUUGCAUAAUUUGUGCUGCUUUGGCCCACAAUGUGGAAGUAUGAUAAAUAUCGACCGAUAGUCCCUCACUGUGCUAUUCUUAUGCUCAAAAGCAGGUUGCCUGUUUCAAAUUAAGAUAACAGAAUAGUUCUGAAGAAAGUAGAACAGGCAUGCUAAUAUGAAAAAUGAUAAUAAAUACAUUUCUUAAAA